GCCUCACGGCCCCGGCCCUCGCUUCACCCCGACGCCCCGGCGUGCGCGUCCUCCCGCCGGCCUGCAGGCCCGGGGCCUCCGCCUGCCAGCCCGCCGCUGCUCUUCGCGGCCCCGGCUUGCGUUCACGCUGUCGCCCGGGCCGGCGCGGCCGCGGGCAACCGCUCCCCCUCCCACACCUACCCCGUCCCCUCCCCGCCUUUUCCGCCCUCGCGUCCCCCUCCCUCGGCCAGCCGCCGCUGCUCCAGAUGAGGUGAUGGCAACGGCCAACUUCGGCAAGAUCCAGAUCGGGAUUUACGUGGAGAUCAAGCGGAGCGAUGGCCGAAUACAUCAAGCAAUGGUAACAUCUUUAAAUGAAGAUAAUGAAAGUGUAACUGUUGAAUGGAUAGAAAAUGGAGAUACAAAAGGCAAAGAGAUUGACCUGGAGAGCAUCUUUUCACUUAACCCUGACCUUGUACCAGAUGAAGAAAUUGAGCCCAGUCCAGAGACACCCCCACCUCCAGCAUCCUCAGCCAAAGUAAACAAAAUUGUAAAGAAUCGACGGACUGUGGCUUCUAUUAAGAAUGAUCCUCCUCCAAGAGAUAAUAGAGUGGUUGGUUCUGCACGUGCGCGGCCUAGUCAACUUCCUGAACAGUCUUCCUCUGCACAACAGAAUGGUAGUGUUUCAGAUAUAUCUCCAGUUCAAGCUGCAAAAAAGGAAUUUGGACCCCCUUCACGUAGAAAAUCUAAUUGUGUGAAAGAAGUAGAGAAAUUGCAAGAAAAACGGGAAAAAAGGAGACUACAACAGCAAGAACUUAGAGAAAAAAGAGCCCAGGAUGUUGAUGCUACAAACCCAAAUUAUGAAAUUAUGUGUAUGAUCAGAGACUUUAGAGGAAGUUUGGAUUAUAGACCAUUAACAACAGCAGAUCCUAUUGAUGAACAUAGGAUAUGUGUUUGUGUAAGAAAACGACCACUCAAUAAAAAAGAAACUCAAAUGAAAGAUCUUGAUGUAAUUACAAUCCCUAGUAAAGAUGUUGUGAUGGUACAUGAACCAAAACAAAAAGUAGAUUUAACAAGGUACCUAGAAAACCAAACAUUUCGUUUUGAUUAUGCCUUUGAUGACUCCGCUCCUAAUGAAAUGGUUUACAGGUUUACAGCUAGACCACUAGUGGAAACUAUAUUUGAAAGGGGAAUGGCUACAUGCUUUGCUUAUGGGCAGACUGGAAGUGGAAAGACUCAUACAAUGGGAGGUGACUUUUCAGGAAAGAACCAAGACUGUUCUAAAGGAAUUUAUGCAUUAGCAGCUCGAGAUGUUUUUUUAAUGCUAAAGAAGCCAAACUAUAAGAAGUUAGAACUUCAAGUGUAUGCAACCUUUUUUGAAAUUUAUAGUGGUAAGGUUUUUGACUUGCUAAACAGGAAAACAAAAUUAAGAGUGCUCGAAGAUGGAAAACAGCAGGUUCAAGUGGUGGGAUUACAGGAACGGGAGGUCAAAUGUGUGGAAGAUGUACUGAAACUCAUUGACAUAGGCAACAGUUGCAGAACAUCUGGUCAAACAUCUGCAAAUGCACAUUCAUCUCGGAGCCAUGCAGUGUUUCAGAUUAUUCUUAGAAGGAAAGGAAAACUACAUGGCAAAUUUUCUCUCAUCGAUUUGGCUGGAAAUGAAAGAGGAGCUGAUACUUCCAGUGCAGACAGGCAAACUAGGCUUGAAGGUGCUGAAAUCAAUAAAAGCCUUUUAGCACUCAAGGAGUGCAUCAGAGCCUUAGGUAGAAAUAAACCUCAUACUCCUUUCCGAGCAAGUAAACUCACUCAGGUGUUAAGAGAUUCAUUCAUAGGUGAAAACUCUCGUACCUGCAUGAUUGCCACAAUCUCUCCAGGCAUGGCAUCCUGUGAAAAUACUCUCAAUACAUUAAGAUAUGCAAAUAGGGUGAAAGAAUUGACUGUGGAUCCAGCUGCUGCUGGUGAUGCCCGUCCAAUAAUGCACCAUCCACCAAAUCAGAUUGAUGAUUUAGAGGCACAGUGGGGUGUGGGGAGUUCCCCUCAGAGGGAUGAUCUAAAACUUCUUUGUGAACAAAAUGAAGAAGAGGUUUCUCCACAGUUGUUUACUUUCCACGAAGCUGUCUCACAAAUGGUAGAAAUGGAAGAACAAGUUGUAGAAGAUCACAGGGCAGUGUUCCAGGAAUCUAUUCGAUGGUUAGAAGAUGAAAAGGCUCUCCUAGAGAUGACUGAAGAAGUAGACUAUGAUGUAGAUUCAUAUGCUACGCAACUUGAAGCUAUUCUUGAGCAAAAAAUAGACAUUUUAACUGAGCUGCGGGAUAAAGUGAAAUCUUUUCGUGCAGCUCUACAAGAGGAAGAACAGGCCAGCAAGCAAAUCAACCCGAAGAGACCCCGUGCCCUUUAAAUCAGCAUUUGCUGCUAAAGGAUUCCCAGAACCCUCGCUACUGUAACAUACAAUGGUUCAGCUGUAAGGGCCAUUCGAAAGUUUGAAAUUUUAAGUGUCUGUGGAAAAUGUCUUGUCCCUUCAACCUGAAUGACAUUUCAGUUUUGUGAAACACUCCUUUGUCUACAAGAUGCUUCUAGUCCAGGAGGCACAACCAAGGUUUGGGAAUAGUGAAGCAUUUUGUUUCAUUUACCCACAUAGUGAUUUACUUUUGAAGAUCCUUGCCAAUUUUAUUUUCUGUAUGAUGAAGUACGAUUGUGGACUUGAUCCAGAGGUGAAUAGUAGGGGGAAACCACAGCAUUUCCUUUUAACUCAGUUCAAUUUUCAUAGCAAGACUGAGCAGUUUUAAAUCCUUUGCGUGCAUGCAUACCUCAUCAGUGAUUGUACAUACCUUGCCCACUUCUAGAAACAGCUGUGCUCACCUCUUCCUGCUUUGUGCCUUGACUAAGGCUACUGACCCUAAAUUUCUGAAGCACAGCCAAGAUAAAUUACAUUCCUUAUUUGUCAUUGUAAAUUACCUUUGUGUACAUUUUUACUGUAAUUGAGACAUUUUUUGUGUGUGACUAGAUUUGCAGGAUGUGCCAUAUCAUUGAAUGGAACUAAAGUCUGUGACAGUGGACAUAGCUGCUGGACCAUUCCAUCUUAUAUGUAAAAAAAUCUGGAAUUAUGAUUUUAAAACCAUAUAACAUGUGGUUAUAAUUUUCUUAGCAUUUUCUUUGUAAAGAACUAAAAUAUAAACUAGUUGGUGUAUAAUAAAAAGUAAUGAAAUUCUGAAAAGAGUUUUAUCUUAGGAUAAUACAUAUAUAUGCAGUGUGUGUUCCAGUGUGGUAUUAACAAGACUAAUAGUGCAAUUUGAUCUUUACCAAUACCAUUACUUAAGUUGAAGUGUCCAUUAGCACCCCAAAAUGUACCUUUUAAAUGGUACUGUUAAAGGAAAUUGGCUUCUGAUGCAUGAAUAUGUACAUGUACAUUGAAAGUAGUCCAUAAUAGAACUGUUAGUUUAAGCCAAGUAUAGACAGUACAUAACUCUCUUGAAAAAGAAUUUAAGCUAAGAAAGAGAUGACUUUGCCUUAAAAGGCAGAUCUGACCCAAGCUCCACCCAUUACCUAAUGUAUGAUGUUUCACCAUUAUUUGAUGAGAAUCACUAAAUUCUCACCAAUCACUUCAUCUAGGGCAUGCUGCUUUUUAAAUGGUGGCACUUAUUUUUACAGAUUGCUAUUCCAAGGAAGAAAACCGGCCACUUCUCAUGUAAAUAUUUUGUUAGAAGAUUUAUCUCUCUCUCUAGGAGUUUUCCCUCAGUUCCCAGGAUAGUGUCUAGGAGUACAUUAACAACAACAACAAAGUCUCCCAAGGGUGUCUUGUUUUGAUUUACUCGAGGGAACUACCAGCUCAUUCAUAUGGGCUAAUGGGAAGCUAUGAAUAGAGUCACAUGAGCCAGAUUCCCUACUUCACUGUCCACAGAACUCAGAAGGUCGCUGUGGGAAAUCCUAACACCAUGGUGAAAAGCUCCUCUGUAAACUUGAAAUCUAGAACAAGUGUAGAUUUUCACAGUGUGCUUAUUAUUAAAUCUAUGGAAUGAGUUUUCGAGACAGUUUACUUCAAUACAAUCACCUUUGUUUUGGAAGGGACUCAGGUUUUCUUGCAGCUGUAAGAUGUUCUAUUUGUGUUUAUUUCAAGGAGAAGAGGAAGAAUGGAGAACUGUUACCAUUGACCUUACAGAGGCUGUUUAAAAAGGUAGUUUCUGAGCCUAACCGAUCUUCAGAGGACAUAAAGAGAUAUGUGAAUUUACUCAUUUUAAAGCACAACAGAUUAGUCUUAAUUUAUUACUUAAAUUAGAAGGGUACUAUCUCUGGAAGGUCUCCUCAGUUGGAAAUGUACUGCCUUAUACUAUAAUGGCUUCACUCUGAUUAGUAUUCAAGGUAUAUUAAAAAUAAGUACCAGAAAAGAUCUUGGUAGUAUAAUCCAUUCCUUCAGUUUUACAGAUAGGGAAAUCUGAAGGUUAUAAAAGGGACUGAAACUCAGCAGUCCAUAGGAGGACAGGGAAAUAAGAGGGAAAGCUGAAUUAAAUCUUAAAUUUAAAUUUUCCUUUAAGGCUAGAGAUGGUACAAGUGAACUUUGCUAAUUAAGUAGUUUUGUGAGAUUAAAAAAACCUACUCUUAAUUAUGUAGUAUUUAUGUAACAAAAGUGGCUUUGUGCAGUUAUUAUUUAAAGAAUAACUUAAAUUUUUUGGAUCUGGAUUAAACAUUCUUUACUUUCUCAGACUUGAAAGCUGAUAUCCCUAUUAAUAAUUAACUAAAAAUAUACAUUAUUUUAGUUAUAUAGGAAUGUUUUAAUAUAUCACUUUGAAGCCAGAUUUCUAAAAACUGUUUAUGCAAACAACCUGUCUUUUCCUUCUAGGUUCACUCAGUGUACCUCUGUUAAAAUAAUUUGGAUUUUAACUUUAAAGCCAGUGUUGAUUUAUAAAACCCUUUGAAAUUUUAAAUCUAUGACUAUCUCCCUAAGAAAAAACCUACAAUCUUAUAGUUCCUUUCACUCUAGCUGAGCAUCCUCAUUUACAAGUAAGGAAUGCCCAGUAGUAGUAUGCCUGGCACCAUGUGGUGGCAGUAGCAGACUCAGGCUUACCUAGAACCCUAGCCUGUUAGUUGCAGGAUUGCUAAAGGGGUAGGCAGUGAUAGAAAUUACAUAGGAUAAACAGAGAAAGAACGAGAGAAGCAAAAUAACAUUUUAGGAAACAGGGAAACAAUCGCUUUACUGUAUACAUGAAUAACAAGAAGAAAUGGUAUGGGGAAUAUGUGACUAAAUUAAGCAUAUUUUAACUUUAUGACUUGAAGAACAAAGGCCUAAAGAGCUAAAAUCCUAAAAAAAAAAGGUU